CGCGUUUCCGAGGACUUUACCACCCAAGAUACGGUAGAUAUACGAGACCAAUAAGCCAAUUAUACGCCCACUUGGGGUCGAUUUUCUCCCAAGCGACAGUCUUCGACUAGUGUAGGAGCUGGGUAUCCGUCACUUAUCGACUCACGAAAUGAACUGAAUCCUUCUUUCAACUUUCAUCCGCCGAUCACGCUGCCCGAGUUACGCUCCCGCCCACUUUCCCGGCACCCCGCCGACUCAGGUUUACAGCAAUGAGGCCUUAAGGUCCCGGUCAUCCUUCACUUGCGCAACCAUUCUGCGUACCGUGGCCUUUAUAUAAAAGCCUCAUCAGUGGCUGAGGAAUCCGUUGCGCACACUUCCACCCUCAAGCGGUACCGCCACUGGCCUGACCAUGUCGACCGCCAUUCAGCCCUCUCUGUUGGCUCCUGCUGCCUCGGGCGCGGAGGCUCAGGAGGCUACGCCGAAUCCGAUCAAUGUUCCGAUUGUCGUCAGGAACUUCAAGGCGUCUGAUCUACCGCUCACCUCGGCCACACGAUCUGCGAUCGAAGGGUUAGCUCACAGCUUCAAGAAAAAGGGCGGAUAUGAUACUAUUCGGAAACAAGUCUGGGAGAAGUUCUCUAGUGACCACGAAUCCGAGAUUGUCAAACAAAUCCUCCAAGUAGCCGAGCAAGAAGUCGAGCGCAACCCCUUACAACUGCUUUCCCUCGACCGAGGCAAAGCAGCGGCCCUCAUCGACGGCGCCCUCGACCGAAACGAAGUCUACCAAAAGGCACAGGCCGUUAUUGAGAGCCUCAUCGAUACCGACGCACUCGAGGCUCAUCUCCGCAAACUUCGACGUGCAGAGAUAGGCGACGAGGCGGCCGAAGAAGAGCGUAUCCGCGGCUCCAAGACGGACGAAGAAUAUGCAGCCGAGACUGCCGCGCGUCGUGCAGAGAGGGAACGUGUACGUGAAGAGCUCAGAUUGGUGGAGGAGAAGAAGCGAAGACUGGAGCGUGAAAUCAAGGAAAAGGAAGAGCAGAAGCGACGAGAAGAGCGGAGGAAGAAGCAGCUCGAGGAAGACGCCAUCAGGGAAAAGGAACGCGAGGAGCGGCGCGCACGACGGGAACAACGUGAACGGGAAAGGGAACUCAGCCGUGAACGCCGCCACCGGGAGAGGGAUCGAAACCGGAGCAGGGAUCGUGAUCGCCACAGAGACCGUGAUCGUGAUCGUGACCGGGACCGGGGCCGAGGGAGGUCCAGAGACAGGUCAAGAGGUCGGGACAGGCGCCUUAGUAGGGACGCCAAAGCCAGGAACGACCAUGGCCGCCCGGAGGAUGUGAAAACGCAACUUUCCAAAGAGGAUAAUGAACGCCUGGAACAAGAGGCGUUGGCCGACCUUUUGCGCGAGAGCAAGCGCGUAGCUGCGAAACAACCUGAGCUAGAGGUCGAUACUACCCUGGCACCACCACCCAGACGGACAAAGCCUGCAUCUGCCAUCGAUCCAAUCCGCCGAGCAUCACCAAAGGUCUCUGAGGUCAAGAAGACAGCAAAUACUGCGGGCAAACCGGGAGUUACUGAGGAGACAAAGGACGUUACUGAACCUAAGGAGGUCACUGACACUAAAGACGUCAAGGAACCGAAGGAAACCGCCAGCCGGGUCGAGUCGCGAAGGAGCAAGAGUCCUUCUCCAGGGACUCGCGGACAUCGCGACAAGGAGAAGGAGAAGGACAGGGAGGGUGAGAAAGAGAGAGGCCGUGAUUACGAUCGGAGACGGAAAGACAACAGGUCAGCCUCCCCGCGCGCGCGGCGGAUCGAGCGAAGCCGUUCACAUAGGCGGGAGGACAGUCGCUCCCGUCUUCGUGAUCGGAGAGAGCGUAGCCGGUCACGUCCCAGAUUGGAUCGCCGAGACGACCGACGAGAGGAUCAUGUCAGAGAUCGGAGCCGUUCUCGACGGAGGGCGACAGACCGUCGCGACAGGAGCCGCUCACGAGUCAGAAUCACCGACAGGAGAGACGACACCAGACGGGCUAGAAGCCGUUCACGCGCCACACGAGAUGACCGUGACAGAAGCCGCUCUCCACGCCCUAGAGUUGAUCGCCGGGAUCGUUCGCGGUCUCGCUUGCGGCCAGCAGAUCGGGAUCGGCGAGUAAGAAGCCGCUCCCGCUCGCGUGAGCGACGCGAUACUGAAACCGAUGCGACCGCCGGUGCCGCCGCCACACAAAUUCCCAAGAGCCCUAAUAUUACCGUCACCAAGGACACUGCCACUGCUCCUAUCUCUACUACACGAGUAGCACCACCCACCCCAGGCGGCCCAACCACCACCGGCAUGUCAACAAUUGCCGUGCCCAUGAUCACGACCCCUCUCUCCAUAGCCUCGACCGCCCCUCGCCCACCCUCCCACCUCGACCGCGACGAAAAGGAAGCUUGGAAACAAGCCGAAGUGAAGAAGCGCGAGCAGGAAGCCAAGGCCUACCUAGCAGCGCAGAAGCAAGCCCGCGAGAAGGGCAUGCCCAUCCCGGGAAUCGACGAUAAGCGUGUCGGGGGCGGCAAUGGCACCCCCCUUGGAAGCACCAAUGGAGGUGACCGGUCGCCUGAUCUCAAGCGGAGACGAGGAAACGACCGAGACGCCAGGGACACUCCCCGAGACAGCAGGGACAAUAAUAACAAUAACAACAACAACAGCAGCAGCAGCAGCAGCAACCGCGACCAUAACCGUGCUGGUGAUCGGGGUGACCGCGAUCGCGAACGUGAACGUGAAGCCCCCCUGAUUGACUCGGAUAACCGGUAUGUCCCUUCCACUGCUGCGAGGGUCGUUGCCGAGCGAGAUCGGGAGAGGGACAGAGAGGCCAGAGAGGCCAGGGAGGAGCGUGAACGUGAGCGCGAAAGGGAUAGGGAACGAGACCGGGACAAACCUCGUCCGGGACCGGAUCGCUAUGAUGGCGACCGAGGCCGAGAUGAGAGGGGUGAACGGGAUAGGGAUAGGGAUCGUCGCGAUCGUGACCGCGACCGGGACCGUGAUCGUGACAGAGAUCGUGAACGGAACAGGGAUAGGGACAGGGACAGAGACAGAGACAGAGACAGAGACAGAGACCGCGACAUGCGAGAUGAUCGCCGUCGAAGCUCGAUAGUCCGUCGCCGCAGCCGAUCGAGGAGCCGCGUGGACCGCGGCGGCGAUCGUGAGCGAGAUCGUCACCGUGACCGGGACCGGGAUAGUCGGCGUGAGAGAAGUCGUGACAGCCGGCGGGAGAGAAGUCGCGAUAGGGACAAGGAUCGCGACAGGGAUAGGGAUAGGGAAAGUAGAGACCACCGAGGAGGGGAUCCUCGCCGUAACAGCCAUCACCAUAGUAGGCGGGACAGGAGUCUGUCGACAUCCAGACGGGACCGUGACCGCGAUCGGGAUCGUGGAGGAGGGAGGCGGGAUAGGAGUCGUAGCCAAAGACGGUAGGGAGGUUAAAGGCACCGACUUCUUUUGCUGUAUACCCAAGAUAAAAGAUAGGAUCAGGCUUAUAUAAACUCGUAAUUAAAAAAAUACUGUCCCCUCACCCCACAUAUCCAAUAUGGUAAGGGGGGACAGUAUUUUUUG